CACAGAUCGAGUAUGAGGGCUGUCUGGCAAAAUCUUGGUUCUAUGUUUUACAGAAGAGACAGAAAUAUCAGAACGACAUUACCAAGAAGUACAACUCCCUAGCUGAGAGAUGGAGAAGGGACACAAAGUACGCCGUUGGUUUGUUCUACUGUGUGCUCACAUGAGCAUGGUCAUCUUCGCAGGAACCUACCGUUCUCUUGGAGUAUUUCUAGUGGAAUGGAAGGACUAUUUCAACACUACCUCGACCGAAAUCAGUGCAAUCAUUACCGUGUUAGCAGCAUCAGGACUUCUCUCUGGGAUUCCAUCUGGCAUUGUGAUUACCAGGUAUGGGUGUCAUUACGGCAGUCUUCUUGGAGGCAUAGCAUUCGUCAGCGGAACAGUCACAAGUGUUUUUGCCCCCAAUCCUCUUGUUCUCUGCUUCACGAUGGGUUUCGUGACAGGUCUGGGCAUCGGAUCGGUGAGAAAUUCUGCUAUAGUGGCCAUAGCACAAGUUUUCAAAAAGGGCUAUUCGCGAGCGAAUGGUAUAGCAUUGGCUGGUGGGAGCAUUGGUAUGAUGGUAGUUCCUCCCCUUCUCCAGCUUUGCAUAGACCAAUACGGAUGGCGAGGAGCACUCCUCAUUUUAGUCGGCAUUCAACUGCACCUUUUCCUUGCUGCCCUUAUAUUCCGACCACCACAGAGGGGAAAUAUGCCAGAAGAAACUCAAACUAUGCCAAAGCCGGUUGUCCGUGGCAGCAAGAAUGAAAGCAAAGAACACGAACUAGAGCCCCUGAGAGGUGUACAUGGUGAUGAUAGCAAAAGCACUUUUUCAGACGUGACUGUCAAUCAUUCAUCAGCUAAAGAUAUAUCUCAAUUGGUGAAUGAGAAAAAGAAUGUGACACAGUUGAACUCUGGUGAUGAUAUGACAGCUCAUAGUCAUGUUGAUACGGAACUUGAUGAAUCCACUGACCAUGACGAAAUUCAGAAGGCCGCAGUAGAUGAUCAUGAGAGAGACACUGAACACGGUUGUCUAGAUGCCUCACAAACGCCAACGAUUCUAAACGCAGAAAGUGAAGACGUCACAAAAAAUAUUACCAAAGAGAGCGAUAUAAUUGACAAAGAUGAAACAGAAGUUGUGAAAUUAAGACAUGGUCCUUCUCAUGAACACGGUGAUGGUCCGUCCGCUACCUAUGCUUCCACACGACGCCCGUCUCGUGUCCAGAGAGGUCUCAGUUCCUCAGGACUUAGUCUCUUUGGCAACAACAUUGGAUUCUGCUUACUCAAUCUGUGUCAGAUCACGAUUGGUCUUUGCUACACAGGAAUCUUAACCCACCUUGUUGCCAGUGCUGUGUAUGACGGCAUUGAUCAGCAGUCCGCAUCGUUUCUCUUGUCCGUCUUUGGUAUCAGCAAUUUAAUUGUGCGGUUGGCUAGUGGUUGGGUGGUAGAACUACACUUUCUUUCUCCAGAACAUCUCUAUGUCCUGGCUGUGGUUGCCUUUGGAGUGACCAUGAUCGUGAGCAGAGCUUGGAGUUCAUAUGGAUGGUAUGUUUUCGUCGCCGCAUUAUUUGGACUUUCAUCAGGGCUUUUCAAAACACUGAACCCUGUUGUUCUAAAAAGAUACGUCGGAAUGAAAUACUUUGCCAGAGCUAUAGGGGUCUUUUAUGCUUUCACCGGUGCUGGUGACUUAAUUGGUCCUGUUUUUGCAGGUGCGCUAUAUGAUGCAAGCAACUCGUACGACCUACCUUUCUAUGUGGGUGGAUCAAUUCUCAUUGUAUCCUCUGGUCUCUUACUCCUGGAACCACCUCUUACACGACUCAAGGAGAGACGGCAAGCAAGGUCAAAGAUGGAUUCGGAUGAGGCUGCAGUUUAACAAACAAAGAUGUACAAACUUAUAUCAUUGGAGGGCCCUCAGGGAGAACAGUAUUACUCCUGGCUUCCCAUUUUAAUAAUGCUAAUGCAUUUGUAUACAAAUUUCUUUAUUCCAUUGUGUUUUAAUUUCUCCCCUCUAAAUUAUGUCUUUCUCUACUGCUACGGUUUUUACAUCUACAAUGUAUAUUUUACCAGGAACCUAUAAUAUACAAGCACUGCUUUUCAAUAGAAUUCCUCGCAUUCUAAUUAAAUUAUCAGUAUUAUUCUAAGCUCAUUUUUUCGUUCCGUUCCGUGCAUAUGAGGUUUCAGACUACAAUUCUAUUCAUUUUAUUUUGAAAGUUAGAAAUUAUUGUCAAGCAUUUUAUGUUAUUACAUAACUUUUCUUCCCAAUAAUGAUCAAAUCAAAUGUUUCUAAUGUAGGCCUCAUUUUUAUUGAUUUGAAAGGUUUUAUUUUUAUGGGAUGAAUGUUAAAAUAUUGUAAUGGCAAAAUAAUGUAAUGAAAGUAAUGAUGGAUAUAAUGGUAAUUGUUCAAAUUAUAAUAAUUUUAUCCAGAUAUACCAUAUGUAUAUCAUCUCAUAUUGUGAAUUCUUAUUCUGUUCUUUACUCUUUAUUUUCCAGGAUGCAGCCUGUGGGGGGGACAUGCUUUUGAGGAAUAGAAAUUUCAAUUGCUUUUGUCACCCCUGACCAGCAGAUUGUAUCCUUCUCUCUCUCCUCUCCACUUUCCUAAAACUGUUUGCAUGUAUUAUGAAAUUUCAAUGUAUAAUCUGAUUGUUAUACUCAUUGUAUGAUUUCCGAUUGGUCAAAUAAAUAUUACUGCUGCUAAUAAUAAUAAUAUGAAUUGAGUAUCACUGAGACAUGCUCAUACUAUACUACAUGUAUAUACACAGUAUAUCUAUAUAUAUCAUUUCUAUUUCAUAUGUCUGCCUAUAUUUUUUUGUAAAAUGUGGAACAUAUCUUAUUAAAAGAUCUACUGAUAAGGCUACCCUAUAUAACAGGGUAUGCAUCCCCUAUAAUGUUAGGUGGGGAAUAGCUAGCUAUAAGAAUCUCUAUUCAUGUAUCACUACAAGAAAUACUAAACUA